AUGACCAGGAUGCUGUUAGCCCCCGCGUACACAUCGCUACAGGGAGACCCUUUGUCUAACAACGACAUGAAAGCUAUCAGUGCGCAUCACUAUAAGAAACUCGUCAAUCUGACUGAAUCUUCCGUGACUUACAGAUCCCAUCUCCUAGCUCGAUCUAAAGGGGCAUGGAGCAAAUUAUCCGGCGGCGCAGGACGAUGGAUUUUCGAGCGAUUCAUGUCCCGGAUUUACACUUACAUAUUCGCUUUAGCCAAUAUCUUGCACUGGUACGGUGGAUUUGGACUCUUCAAUGACACUGUGGCUGCUGUCGCGCCAAAUGCUGCUCAUCCUCACAGGCCAGCGUUGUACUUAGCGAUGACGAUCGCAUUUUACAUACUCCUAGUCUGUUUGAGGUCUGCCAGAAACCUCCUCGCUUCGCCGUACUUCAUAGUCACAGACGGCAAAGAGGCAACUUACCUUUUCACUACGCGUUUUAAGAAGUCUUUAAAUAGCAGCCGCGAGACGGCGCUUUACGUGCUAGACUGCGUGUUUUCCGUCUCUGUGGUGGGUUCACUGGUUGUGUUCGUAUGGCGAGGCACCUGGGCGCUGCUUGACAUCUUCCUCUUCCCUGAAGAGCCUGUCAAGUCCUACAUUUCUUCUUUGGUGGUAGGCUACGGUGUGAUGAUAGCCUCGUUCAGUUUGCAAGCACCUAUACGCUGGGUGGUGGCGCGGCUUCACGGCACUCCGCGACUGCUGUUAGCCGAUGUGUACCACUUCGUCUCCUUCAUCGCAACUGUCAACGUCUGGAGGGGGGUCUGGGGGAUGCUAGACACUUAUUUGUUCCCUGAUACACCGAAACUCAGCAAUUGGUGUUCACACACUAUCAGUCUCGCUCUACUAAUUCUUUUGAACUGUUCCAACUCGGUACUUGUUCGAGGAGUUUACAUCGACGCGGAGGAGCCAGCCGGAGAGUGUGUCAUCUUUCCUUGUCAUUAUUUACGCCUCUUCUUCCAUAAAGAGAGAACUAAGAAGAGACACAGACUGGCUCUGGCUGCCGCUGCAGCAGCAUCGGCGAGAAAAUCAGAAGAACUAACCGGUUUACCAUUGUAGCUAUAGAAUUUAGACUAUUUGUGUUGUGAUUAUAGUCAAAGAAUAACAUAUUAUUAUCUAGCAAAAAUGUUUACUAUAUUACGAAAUAAACUAUAUUAUAAUACUGUACUAUGGGUCUAUUCCCGUUCUACUCCCGUCCGACAUAGGUCCGAAACAAUUACUGUCAAGUAAGUAAUGCUCGACCAAAUUAAAGAACGUAUGAUGAGAAUGAAGCUUCAUAAUGGAUGGUUUUACUGCCGUCCUCCGGAAAAAGACAGCAUUCCAGAUGCGCAGAGUGCGGGACAGUCCCAACAGCAUCCCACAAACUGUGGCUGGUAGGAUUACCUCUCCCAUGUGGCAACGCUUCAUGAGAAAGGUGAGUUGAAAAUUAAUGUAAAAAAAAUGUUUCUACUAACACUAAUUUAUAAGCACUUUUCUUGUUAUUAUUACUAACAAAUUACGGAACUGUCUG